AAAAAUUGAAAAGAGAAAAAUCGGAGUAUUUAUGAAGCGUGGCAACGCUAGACUAAUCAGAUCGUCCCUAUUCUGAUCGGCGGUGGUCCUCCGAACAGAAAUCAGUAGAAAUUAUCGUUCCUCUCCGGACUUCCGAGAAGGGGAAGGAAUAAUAUUCUUGCAGGAGAGAGGCCGGUUAUUGUUCAAUCAAAUCCAGUUGAAGAGUGAUCUACCACAAACAAAAGAAAUUCUGUAUUCGAUUCAUUUUUUGUUCCUAUUGAGGCUCCGGGCGUAGACAAAGAUUUCUAUAAUUUUCAAAUUUGUUGGAGUGAAGAUGGCGACAGUAGGACAUGCCCGUCCGACCAGUUGGUUUAGCCAGAAAAUCGUCGAUCCUCUCCUCCAAAUCCUUCAAAGGGGCGCCGAGCCGAAACAACUGGCAUUCUCUGCAGCUCUAGGCAUAACAUUGGGAUUAUUUCCUAUAUGCGGGGUCACUGUUUUUCUAUGCGGGUUUGCAAUUGCAUUUCUUGGAUCUCUUUGUCAUGCUCCAACAGUGAUGCUUGCUAACUUUAUUGCUACUCCCAUAGAAUUGAGUUUGGUCGUGCCUUUUUUGCGCUUUGGUGAAGCCAUUUCUGGGGGACCUCGUUUCCCAUUUACACCUGAUGCUUUGAAGAAAGUUUUUACUGGUGAAGCUUCGCAUGAAGUACUUUUGAGUAUUGCUCACUUGUUGUUGGGAUGGCUUGUUGCUGCGCCCUUUAUUCUGGGCAUUGGAUAUUUGUUGUUUUUACCAUGUUUCAAGAUUUUGGUGCGCAAGUUCAGCACUGUUGCUUCAAGCCCAAAGAAGUCUCCUCAUUCACACACAGACAUCAGACUGAAGGUGAGAGAUGUCUGAUUUAAGGAUCUCUGAAAUGGUGCAUUUCCUGGAAACUUGGUGACUCACAAUUAACAUCGUAACCUUCCUUUGUAUGUAUCACAAGCCGUUCGCAUUACUCGGCUCGUUAGAUGCCUGUUAUCUGUUUUCAGUUGCUUCGCUUUGUAAUGGUACGAUACAGUUUUAAAGAUUGAUUAAACUAUCAUGAAAGCUGGGCUGGCUAAUAUUACAGAAUGAUUCUGGUGGAAGGCUACUAUUCUUUUUAUUUUUUCUUAGUACAGUUGGGUAGAGGGGAUUUCUACUGAAAAUAUCGUGGUUACUAAUACUCAUAUGUGAAUGAAAUCGUACCCACUUUAGCAUGA